AUGAGUUUCUUUGGAAAGUUAUUUUCGGGGAAAAAAGGCGAACCAGCGCCGACCCCGAGCGAAGCGAUACAGAAGCUGCGGGACAUAGAAAAUAUGCUCACAAAGAAGCAAGAGUUCCUAGAGAAGAAAAUCGAGGUCGAGAUUGAUACAGCCAGAAAAAAUGGUACCAAAAACAAACGAGCGGCCAUCCAAGCACUGAAGAGGAAGAAGCGAUAUGAGAAACAGCUACAGCAAAUUGAUGGUACACUUUCGACAAUUGAAAUGCAGCGAGAAGCGUUGGAAAAUGCGAACACAAACGCAGAAGUACUGAAAACGAUGAAGAAGGCUUCCGAUGCGCUUAAAGUUACCCAUAAGGAUAUGAAUAUUGACGAUGUGCACGAUCUAAUGGACGACAUUGCUGAACAGAACGAUAUUGCAAACGAAAUAUCCAAUGCCGUAUCUACUGCCGUUGGCUUCGGUCAGGAUAUCGAUGAGGAUGAGCUGGAGAAGGAGCUCGAGGAGCUCGAGCAAGAGGAGCUUGACAAGGAACUGCUUGGAGUGCAGCCCGAAACAGACGAACUACCAGAAGUUCCCUCCACGGACUUGCCAGCCAAGGCCAAGGAGAAGGAGAAAAAGAAAGGUAGCUUACAACUGUGA